AUGUCCGAGUUUAUCGGAUAUGUUGGUACUCUUGUGGAGAUCAACUCAGAAGCUUCCACGGUGUCUUUGGAUAAUGUGCGUUCAUUCGGCACAGAGGGCCGCAAGGGCGGGAACGACGAAUACCCUCCAUCAGACGUAGUGUAUGAGCAGAUCGUCUUUCGAGGAAGCGAUGUGAAGGACCUACGCAUAGAAGAGUCGGCGAAAGAGAAGGCUCCGCCAGCGAUGCCGCAGGAUCCUGCUAUCAUUGGAGUACCGCAGUCUCAGCCUCGUCAAGAUGCCGCUUCACAGGAUCAACAGCGUCAGCAGCAGCAGCCGCCGCCGCCAAACUUCCCCCCACAUGGUCAGUUCCCGCCUGGUGGCUAUCCCCCCUUCGGCGGUCCAGGCGGUCCAGGAGGCCCAUACCCCAAUCGCUUUGGUCCACAGGGUGGUUUCCCCGGUGGACCUGGACCAUUUCCUGGUGGACCACCCGGGGCAUUCGGCAUGCCUCCGCCACCGUUCGGGGCACCUCCAGGCUGGUUUCCCCCCGGCCAGGGCUUCAAUCAUCCACCAGGGCCGUUCCCACCACACAUGGCUGGUGGCCCUCCUGGACCGCACAACCACAAUCAGUCUCCGGCAGGCCCGAGAGCUACUCCACCAUCAGGGCCUCAGGCUGAGAAAGAUGAGCGAGGUGGCGCGCAACCGAAAGUUGCUGAGGCGGACAGCACAACGAGGCCUUCGGAGAAGAAACAGAAUACGAAGGUAGCUGGGACCACACCGAACCUGGGCGCUGCCUCUAAACAAGCGCCUCCACCACCGGUCGACUCCAAACCGAACGUUGCCGCUGCGCUUGCGCCGCCACACCCACAGUCUGGUCAGAAACCUGGUGUAGCACCUAAGGGUGGGCAGAGAGGUGGCCGUAUUGUUCCUGCUGUUCCCAUUCCCAGCCCUAGAGUCACCAAGACUACCCCACAAGCUCAGCCACCAGUUACCCAGUCCCAGCAGCCUGCAGUGACCCCUGCCCAGCAGCAGCAGAAUGCGACGCAACUUGCCACCGCUGCUGUUGCGGAAGCUAUGGCGAAACUCAACGUUCAGAACAAGAGUCAAGCACCGAUAUCCGACCCGUUGAACAACCUAGCCCAGAAGGUGGAGGGAAUGCGAGAGCAGCAGAACCGCCAGAGCCGUUCACAGGGAUCAGGCACUUUCCGUGGUGGCAGAGGUGGUCGAGGAGGUAGAGGCGGUCAUGCUCAACACCCGAAGAUGGAGGUGCCCGCGACGGAUUUCGAUUUUGAGUCUUCCAACGCAAAGUUCAACAAACAGGACUUGGUGAAGGAGGCAAUUGCGUCUGGAUCUCCGCUAGGAGAAGCAACAGUGGCCCCGGUAGCUGAGGCGGUGUCAGACGCUCAGGCUAAUGGAGCCGAGAGUGAGGAUAUCGUAAUACCUCCGUCUGCCUACAACAAGAGUUCGAGUUUCUUCGAUAACAUCUCCAGUGAACUGAAGGACCGAGAUGAAGCUGCAAGCAAGCGUGGACAGGAGUUCAGAACAGAAGAGCGCAGGAAGAAUAUGGAGACCUUUGGUCAGGGUAGUGUUGAUGGCUUCAGGGGUGGCUUUAGAGGCCGCGGCCGUGGCCGUGGGCGCGGUCGGGGCUUCAAUGGCGUCCGUGGUCGUGGCGCACCUCGAGGGCGUGGAGGCGUUGCCUUCGAAGAACAAUCAGUACCUUAGGCAGCAGGCGAAUGUCCCCUGUGUGGCCUUUGAUUUUCAUACCUUGCAUCUCCUUGAGCGGUCUGUAUUAGUAUGGUUGGCGUGUUUCUUUAUGUCUAUGCCCAUCUGGGCUCGGUUUCACGGUUCCUAUGGAACGACAUCAUGAUCUAAGGUCGAUUUCUCCGCGUCUACUUGUACAGGACCAAAAGCUAUAGGGGCUGCUAGUCAGAAAACAUCGUGGGAUGACUUCUGAACCAACAUCAGGACGAUAAGAUACUAUACGUCUGAAUAUGGCUGAAUGAAACAGCCGUUCUAUUCAG